GUCUUCCAAAAUUAUCGCUUCACUUCAGUCGAUUCAGUGGGAGUGUUUAGUGCACAACGCAAUUUUUUUAAGCAUAUUUAAUUGCUUGUUUCUCAUGUGAAAGAAAAUAUAGACACCUAUUGUUAGUUAUUCAGUAAACUUUAGUAUAUCAAUUAUUAUUUUCCACGACAAAAUUCAGGAGAAUUCGUUCACGCGUAUACCGACGAUAAAGAUCAGAAAUAUUUGUACCAGCUGUUCAAUUCCAACUGUAAAGGGAAACUAAAUCAUUUGAACUCAUAAAGGAUUAGAAAUUCAGAUAGCACACAAUAUGGAAGAAAUAGGUGCUUCCCCACAACAUUUGGGCCAUUUUCGUACUCUAUAUCUCCUCACACUACUAAUUGGAGUGCUACUAAUAGCACUUGUAGGUGGCUGGAUAGGAACUCAUCUUGGUGGUUUGGCAUGGCAAAGUAAUCCGAGUGUGCAAUUUAAUUGGCAUCCUCUAUUAAUGACCUUCGGAAUGAUCUUUCUUUAUGGAAACUCAAUUCUCAUCUAUCGUGGUUUGCGAUUGACCAGAAAGCGUACACUCAAGUUGACACAUGCAACACUUCAUGGAUUAGCUUUUCUUGCAGUCGUAAUAGGUCUUAAGGCCGUCUUUGAUUCGCACAAUUUAGCCACGCCACCAAUUUCUAAUCUCUACUCAAUGCAUUCAUGGAUAGGAUUAGCAGCUGUGAUCCUUUUCAGUGCUCAAUACGUCGUGGGUUUUAUCACAUUUCUUUUACCAGGAUUAAACCAACAACUCCGUGAGACAAUCAUGCCUUAUCACAUUCUCUUUGGGCUCAUUGGAUUUGUGGCGUCAGGUGCUGCUGCUCUUCUUGGCUUUUCUGAAAAGAUCUCUUUUGUCUUAGGCCACAAAUAUGAAAACCUACCAGCACAAGGUGUUCUGGUAAAUUUCAUUGCAUUUUUCAUUAUCAUCUUCACAACUUUAGUGAUCUAUCUAACUACUGAGACUCGUUUCAAGCGUCAACCACUAGCUGAAGAUGCGAUUUUGCUCACAGGACAAAACGAGUAAACAUUGAAAUAAUCAUGAGCGCAUAACAAUCCUUGUGAAGGAUUUAUUAUUGUGAUUUUUUGUUGUAUAUAGCCAAGAUUUUGUGUUAAAAAUAUUUAGCAUUAGAGAAAAAACAUUCUACAAUCUGUUACAAAUUAUUAAUAUUCUAUAUAUAUUAUAUAUGUAUAUAUAUAUGCAUAUAUAUAUGGAAAAUAAACGCAUAUCUUCAUGUAAAA